UUUGACAGAAUGGUCAGGCCAGGCUGUCCAGUCAUUCUGCUCCAUAUCUUCAGCAUCUUUGCACACACAAGAGGUAACACUCAGGAUACGCUGUAUCCGUAUGGACCUGGCCAUAGGGAUCUAGAGACUCCAAAGAUGGACGAUGGAAGUUCUCCUGAAAUUACUUUACUCAUCCCCUUUAUUUUCUUCAAUAUCCCUUACCGCUCUAUCUAUGUCAACAACAAUGGUGUAAUCUCCUUCAACGUGCAGGUUAGCCAAUUCACACCAGAGGCUUUUCCCCUGAGUGACAGCAGGUCAUUUAUUGCUCCACUCUGGGCAGAUGUGCACAAUGGCAUCCGCGGAGACGUGUACUACCGGGAGACCACCGAGCCAGAAAUUCUCGAAAGGGCAACACAAGAUGUCCGGAAGUAUUUCAAAAACAUGCCCACCUUCACUGCCACAUGGGUCUUUAUUUCAACAUGGCACCAAGUCACUUUCUAUGGAGGAAGCCAGACAACUCCGGUGAACACGUUCCAAACUGUACUCAUCUCAGAUGGCGUGGCAUUCUUCAGUAUGUUCAACUACGGCGAAAUCACAUGGAGCACAGGAACAGCCAGUGGUGGAGAUCCAUUAACAGGAUUGGGCGGUACAACAGCUCAGUCAGGUUUUAAUGGUGGAGAUAUUGGCCAUUUCUUCAACCUGCCGGGAUCGCGGUCAAAUGAUGUAGUGAACAUUGAACAAACAACUAAUGUAAAUAUUCCUGGGCGCUGGUUCUUCCGUGUAGACACUGAGCUGAUUAAUCCUGCCAAUGGCUGCAGCUACAAUGGCCGUUACUACAGACGGGGAGAGAUCUUUUGGCUGUCUGACAGAUGCUCACAGCGGUGUCGCUGCCUUGACAUCGAUAAUGAGGUGCAGUGUCAAGAGGCUCCGUGUGGGCAGCUUGAAACCUGUGAGCAGCUGGAAGGAGCCUUUUACUGCCAGCCCACUCGCACCAGCACUUGUGUGGUAUUCGGAGACCCCCACUAUCACACCUUCGAUGGCUUCCUCUAUCACUUCCAGGGGACCUGCUCCUACCUGCUGGCUCGGCCCUGCUGGGAGGUAGCAGGGCUGCCCUUCUUCAGUGUGGAGGCCAAAAACGAGAACCGUGGAGCUGCCUCUGUUUCCUGGCUUAGAGACGUCACAGUGGAGGUGUAUGGUCACCGAGUUACGCUGCCAAAAGGAAGUUUUGGAACAGUCCAGGUGGAUGGCUUGGUGAAGACUUUACCAGUCCAACUCCAGCUUGGUGCUGUCAGGGUGUACCAAUCUGGGGUUGCCAUUGCUUUAGAAACUGAUUUUGGACUCUUGGUAACUUACGAUGGCCAACAUUACGCAUCCAUCUCCCUACCCAGCUCCUACUUCAACAACACUUGUGGCCUUUGCGGCAACUAUAAUGAUGACCCUGCCGAUGAUCCCGUACUACCUGAUGGCACUCUGGCAGAAAGUGUAGUGGAGCUGGGAGGCAGCUGGAGGGCAGAGGACACAGACUGGAGGUGUACAGAUGGAUGUGCACAGAACUGCAGCAUGUGUGACCCUCUUGCAGAAGCUUUCUACUUUCGGUCUGACUACUGUGGGUUAAUUAACAAAACUGAUGGACCAUUCAGGGACUGCAGAGCUGUUGUGGAUCCUACAGCCUUUGUGUACAGCUGCGUUUAUGAUAUGUGCAGCAACAAGGAUAACAUCACUACUCUAUGCCAGGCCAUCCAGGCCUAUGCACUGGCUUGUCAGGCCCUUGGUGUCACAAUACGACCUUGGAGAUCUCGCACCUUCUGUGCUUGGUCUUGUCCAGACUUCAGCCAGUAUCAAGUGUGCACAAGCGCCUGUCCAGCUUCCUGCUCAGACCUCACCGCUCCCUUGUACUGUGCUCAUCCUUGCACUGAGGGCUGCCAAUGUGACCCAGGCUAUAUUCUCAGUGGCAGCCGCUGUGUACAGCGUGAAGACUGUGGCUGUGAGCAUAAUGGCCUUUAUUACCCCCUUAAUACGACUUUCUGGGUAGGUCCCAGCGGUGAAGAAGGAGAAUGUACCCUCCGGUGUACCUGUGGGCCUGCUGGGGAAGUUUCUUGUUUCAAUGAUUCCUGUAAGGAGGGUGAGGUGUGUAAGGCAGAGGUUGGCCUGCUGGGUUGCUACCCUCGAAGAGAAGGGGUUUGCUCAGUCACCCAAAACUCAGUGACAUCCUCCUUCGAUGGCACCUUCCUGUCGUUCCCAGAUGACAGCUCUUAUUACUUACUGAAGCUGUGCGCUCCAGUGCCAGCCAACGGCUCGAUGGUGGAGGUGAAGCUAGGCCGGCGGUUGGUCAACAAAGGGCCUGCUUGGAAAAGACCUGUGGUAGUUACGCUAGCUAACGUGGAGGCACAGAUGGGAGGGUUGGAUUUUGAUACAGUCAAGGUGAAUGGUGAACUAGUGUUGCUCCCAUACGUCCAUCCAAUGGAGACAAUGAUGAUAUACAGAGCGCCGGGCAAUGCAACAGUGGUGGAGUCCCGCGGUCUGCUUCGUGUCCACUACACACAUCAAGGAUUCCUCAAUAUCUCCCUUUCAACCCUCUUCUACAAUGUUACAUGUGGUCUUUGUGGUGUUUUCAAUAGCAAUGCAACCGAUGACCUUCGCCUACCCAAUGGACGCCAGGCAGAGUCAAUCGAACAGUUCACAGACGGCUGGCGCUCCAUUGCUGAUGAUCUUACCUGCAAUGGCGACUGCGACGACCUGUAUCGCAUGUGCACAGACUUACGUCUUUAUCAGAGCCCUUGGAUGUGCGGCAAUAUCAACGACCCCGGGAAUAGUUCCUUUCUUGCGUGUCACGCAGUGGUUAACCCCUCGCCAUUCUUCAGGAACUGUUUGUAUAACAUGUGCGUGAGGGAAGGGAACCGCUCAGCCCUGUGUUCUUCGCUGCAGGCUUACGCCACCGCCUGUCAGGAUGCUCAAGUAGGACUUGCUUCAUGGAGGAGCACCACCAACUGUCCUCUUCCCUGUCCAGAGAACAGUCACUUUGAUGAGUGCACCAGCGCCUGCCCUUUGACCUGUGCCAACUUGGACGACCCCGAAGAGCCGUGCCCCCUGCCUUGUCAGGAGGGGUGUCAGUGCGAAGACGGCUUCGCGCUGCGGGAUGGCCUGUGCGUGGCACGCAGAGAUUGUGGCUGCAUCUACCACAGGCGUCAGCUGGCCACCAACCAGACUUUCUGGACAGACUGGGAGUGCCAGGAGCGCUGCUACUGCAAUGGCUCUGACAACACCGUAUACUGUCAGCUCGCGCCGUGUCACCCUGAGGAGUACUGCCAGGAGAAUGACGGCCUGUAUUUCUGCCAGCCGCGCUCUGAGGCCCUGUGUGUGGCAGCUGGCUAUGGACAUUUUUUGCCAUUUGGCGGAGUGCCGUUCGAGCUGCAGAGCUCUUGCACUCUCAGGAUGGUCACCACCAGAUGUGGGAGGGGGAACACGGCGCACGUACCCAUCACCAGAACUUUUCCUCCAUUUAAACUGGCGGUUCGUAACGAGGACAGAGACACGAGCCAAGCAAUUUGGGUGAGGGGUUUUGUGCUGGAAGUUUAUGAGUAUGAAAUUGAAGCAUCUCGAAGCUACAGAAACACUGUCACGGUGAAUAAGGAGCGACUGUACCUUCCCCUGAAGCUGGGCCCAGGAAAGGUCAAUAUCUUCACCUUUGGCAUGCACCUCAUUUUGGAGACAGACUUUGGCCUGAAGGUGGCCUUUGACUGGAACACUCUCCUGCUCUUGACUUUACCCCGCGACCUCUACAACUCCACCUGUGGCCUUUGCCAGGGCGUGCCUCUGUCCCCACCCACCCUUUCCACUACCGACUGGGGCAUGGCCUGGGCGGAGAGGGACACCUUCUGCCAGGUGGGCUGCGGUGACUCCUGCCCGCGCUGUGGCCUCGGAGAGAAAAGCUCCCAAAACGACACCCCUCUCAUGGUGGCUGAUGCCAACAUGAACGCUGGGAGCGACGAUGAAGCAAAUGGAGUCAGCACUGGCAUACGUUUCCACAUCGGUGACGGGCUCUAUGUGUUUGUGGAGCCUGAGGCAGUGAGGCUGUGUGGGUUACUUGUUGAUCGGUCAGGCGUGUUUGCACGGUGUCACAGCAAGGUGGCGCCAGCGUUCUUUUAUCAAAGCUGCCUCCAGGACACCUGCUUGGAUCAAGGAGCUCAGGAUACAAUCUGUAACUGGCUGCAGAUCUAUGCCAGCACCUGUCAGACCCAAGGGGUGCAUGUCACCGACUGGAGGAGCGACACACCGUGUGUCCAGAGCUGUCCACCUAACAGCCAUUACUCCAGUUGCAUGUCAGUUUGCCCGCCCCAGUGUGCACCAGCCCGCGGCCAGAGGGACUGCAGCCAGGACUGCGUGGAGGGCUGCCAGUGCGACCAGGGCUACGUGCUCAACGGCAAGAGCUGCAUCCUUUCUCAGAACUGUGGCUGCUAUACCGAUGGCACAUACUAUGAGCCCAAGCAGCUUUUUUGGAACGCCGACUGCACCAAACGCUGCCAGUGCAUUGGACGAAACCUGAUCCAGUGCAAUCCAAGGCGAUGCAAGGCAGAGGAGGAGUGCACCCUCCGGUACGGGGUUCGGGGCUGCUUUGCCCGCCGCUCCCAGCAGUGCGUGGCAUCAGGCGGCGGAGUGUUCAGGACAUUCGACGGGGCAUCGCUGCGACUGCCGGCCUCGUGCUCCUUCGUCCUGUCCACAAACUGUCACAAGCUGCCCGACCUCUCUUUCCAGCUCAUUGCCAACUUUGAUAAAUGGAGCACGCCCAACCUCACCACCAUCUCGCAUGUCUACCUGUAUAUAAAUGAGGAGAAUAUACUCAUCUCUGGCAGCACUGUCAAGGUUAAUGGCACACCAGUAUCCGUACCAUUUGUAACAGGGCUGAUGACACGCCUGUCCACAUCUGAGGGCUUCAUUGUCAUCGACACACCCCAGGACAUCCAGGUUCGCUACAACCACUUUAACACCCUGAGCAUCACAAUGGGCCAGCGGCUCCAGAACAAGGUGUGCGGCCUUUGUGGGAAUUUCAAUGGGGACCCCAAUGAUGACUACAUCACCUCAAGGGGCAAGCCGGCUGUCAGCGCCCUGGAGCUGGCACAGAGCUGGAAGACCAACGGCAUGCAGAACAGUUGUGAUGAGACCCAGUACGUGGCUUUGGCUCAGUCCUGUGACAACUCGGCCAUCCUGGCUCUACAGAGUGAAGAUGCCUGUCAGAAGCUCACCCAGCUCAAAGGCUUCUUCCAGCCAUGCCACGGCCUGCUGGAUCCCCGUCCUUUCUACCAGUCCUGCUACCUGGAUGGCUGCUACAAUCAUCGCAAGGCUCAGGUCUGUGGAUCACUAGCCGCCUAUGCAGAAGCCUGCCGGUCCAUGGGCACCCUCACGACCAAGUGGAUCACCCAAGAGAACUGCUCAGAAUGGAUCUAUGACCCCUGUGCAGGAGAGAUCUGCACAAACUUCACCUGUGAGCUGGAGAAUGGAGGCGAUCUGUGUGGCUGUCCGGAGUUACCCACCAACUCUGAAGGCGAGGAUGACAUCAUCCAAGCGGAGGUGACCUGUAAGCAUGCUCAGAUGGAGGUUUCCAUCUCCAAGUGUAAGCUCUUCCAGCUGGGCUUUGAACGGGAAGAUGUCCGGAUCAACGACGAGCACUGCGCUGGCAUUGAGGGAGAGGACUUCAUCUCCUUCCACAUUAACAACACUAAGGGACACUGCGGUUCCAUUGUACAGUCCAACGGCACACACAUCAUGUAUAAAAACACUGUGUGGAUAGAAAGUGUGAACAACACUGGGAACAUCAUCACCAGAGACAAGACCAUCAACGUGGAGUUUUCCUGCGCCUAUGAGCUGGACCUGAAGAUCUCACUGGAGACUGUCCUCAAACCCAUGCUCAGCGUCAUUAACCUCACCCUACCGACCCAGGAAGGAAACUUCAUUACCAAGAUGGCUCUGUAUAAAAACUCCUCGUACCGCCAUCCAUACAGAGAGGGGGAGGUGGUGCUCAGCACUCGAGACAUCCUGUACGUAGGCGUUUUUGUGGAAGGAGCGGAUGAAAACCAGCUCAUCCUUAUAGUGAAUAUGUGCUGGGCCACGCCGUCGCGCUACAGCAGUGAUCGACUCCGCUACAUCAUCAUUGAGAGAGGGUGCCCAAACAUUAAGGACAAUACCAUUGGCAUGGCAGAGAAUGGCGUAUCACUCACCUGCCGCUUUCACGUCACCGUCUUCAAGUUCAUCGGGGAUUACGAUGAAGUCCACCUGCACUGUGACGUUUCUCUGUGCGACUCAGAGACGAACGCCUGCAAAGUGAACUGUCCACAUAAGAGAAGAAUGUACUCAGAGGACAGUGACCAUAAAGAGCACAUACUGUCUGUUGGACCCAUAAGAAGAAGAGAGUCUGACUGGUGUGAGGAGAACAAUGGAGGCUGUGAGCAAAUCUGCACCAGUAAGGCCGCUGGGCCCAUCUGCAGCUGUGUGACUGGGAUGCUGCAAAGAGAUGGGAAGAGCUGCCGGGCCGUGAGCUCAAGCAGUAACAUCACACCUGCGAUUCCUCUGCUGAGCGUCAGCGCUGCGAUCUCCGUGCUCCUGGCUCACCUUCACACUCUUCUCCUCUCCUAACGCUCUGUGAGCUAAGAGAAGGCAAUAAAUGACAAAGAUCAAACACACAAAAAGACUUGAAUAUGCACAAAGUAUCAUCAUUGAUUAGCCAGUAGAGCAGCUGUGUUUCAGCCAGAAAGUCAAGACAGAAUAUACUGUACACCGACUAAUUUUUGUCUCCACAUUUCAUUGAUAAAAGGUAAGUCAGUUUUCUAGAUACAUGGACAGUCAGUCAGUUUCACUGCUUUGUUGUGUUUUUCUUCAUCCCCAUCUGCUCCCUCAUUUACAUUUAUCAGGACUCCCACUGUUUAUCACUCACCUAAAGCCACUAUGUGUAGAUGUUUUCAUGUGAUUAUAACAUAUUUUUACAAAUUUCUUUAUAGGAAAUUAACAUAUUAUGCAUGCUACCACCAGAUGGUGCCAAAGAAAGUAAUUUUCCAAUCCUAGACAUAAAAACUUGAAGGUACAACAGCUAAAAUCACACAGUGAUGUUUAUGGAAAGACAAUGGCUAAAUUAAAAAGAAACAGUAAUAUAACUGAUUAGUUAAAGAGGCAUAAUUGUAAAUCAUCAGGGAAUGUGAAAUGUGAUCCCACCUGUUUGUAUUUAUACCUGAUAUUAUUCUACAGUCACACUAAGGAAAGCAGUGGCUGGAGAUCACGACUGUGUGCAAUGAACUUGCGAUUUUUUUUUUGCCAUUGAAAUUGUUGCUUCAAAGACAGGAUCGGGUCUAUGACCACUUAGUCAGAUGCCAUCUUUAAAAUGACCUUAGUGUAACAAUAAGACGACGUCAGUCUGCUAUCGUUCAAUUGAAUGCACUCAAACUGGCAACUGCAUUCAGUCUGUUUGUGAUAAUAUAGUGAUUAUGAAUCAAUCUGCUGCAAAUCGCAUUCAAAUCAAACUUAUAUUAAUCAGAAAUUCCCACUAACUACACUCCUCCAUAAAUGGUGACGUAGCUGCUGCUUAUAACCAGAAUACAACUAGUUGAUUACAGCGUGCUAGCAAUUUGUCUGUGUUUGCAAACUUUUACCAAUCUGUCUGAGAGCGAUCGGUUGCUUGGAGACAGGUUGCCUCCCACCAGGCAAUGUUUGCAACUACCUUGCAAUAGAAAAUUAACUAUAUGUUUGCACUAAGUAGUUGCAAGUAAAACGUAAAAAAAGCAACAAAACACAGCAGUAAUCAGGCAACCAUCAGUUUUGACUGUUUUUACCCUAGUGUGAGCUAUUCAUAAAUCCCAUUCUGUCCAAACUGUGAUCAGAUCUUAAUGAGUAGGUGGGGUGCAACAACUAGAAACCCUCAUGAUUGUGAUUUAAUUGAUUUACAGAGCCAUCAAAAUGUAAACAUCAAACUAUUUUAUUAUUAAUUUAUGAAUAAAUUACAUUUAAAUGACUGUAAAUUUCCUGUUUCUCAGUGGAGAGGUUUAUUAAAGUUACCUUUUAUAUUUUAAACUGAUAAUCAGAUGAAACAAAAAAGUAAAAUAGAAACUUUUAAUUUGAAAUUUUUUUUAAUUAAAUUACAUUUUAAAACCAAGCAGUUAAUAGUUAUUGUGCUGACUUGACGUCAUUCAGGGGUCACAAGGUCACAUAUUCAUGACAUUUGGAUCGAAAUGGGAAAGAAGCUUGUUUAUAAGUACCAUAAACUAUAAAUAAAAGAUGGGCAUGGCAAAGUCCAGUCUUUGAAACCUUGAACUGAGGAUUUGCCGCCUUGGUGUGGUGAGACUGGGUGUGAGGACUGAAGGGUGGAGCUGACCGAAAAACCAAAGUGCUUUAUGUUCGUGGGCUCGCUGAUCCCAUGUUGGGCCUGACCUAAAGCAUACCCUGGUCUGAAAACCAUCCAGAAACAGUAGCCCCUUCCUGACGCUUAAGCUUAAACUCCCUGGGCUUCACUUUUAUACUCAGCCUGAGGUUGGCGCUACUCUGCUACUCAUGUGAUUGUGUACUUUCAUUUAGUAUUUUGAGAGUCUCCCCAAAAGUAUGAUGCUGUUUUAUGGACUUUACGGCUCAGGUGUGACUUUUUGAUGAGAAGCUUAAGAGAGGAAGAAGAGCUGAGGUUACUGUAUGUAACAUUUAAACAUGCUGUUUCUUUAAAAAAUGGCAAAACUGUACAGAUUUCAUUAAGAAACUGGCAACUGAGCAUCUGCAGAUCUGUGUCAGAGUGCAAACCUUUACCCAGAAACGAGCGAACAAACUUUAUCUUAUAUAAUUGCUUCCUAACUGUGCGGUUUAUUGCUCUAAACCAAUAAAACCUACAGCAGGUUAUGGCUGAAAAGGAGGUUAGGGAUUAUCUAAGAAGAAAACUGUGUGAAAGGGUGAUGCAUUGUGAAGUGAAGUAUUUAUGUGUGAAGUAUCUGUUUAAAAUGUUAAUCAGCCACAACAUUAAAACCACCCGCCUGAUGUUGUGCACAGAUCUGACUCGCUGCACCUCAGGGGGCGCCCUCUAGUGCCUGGGAAUGGGACUUUGACUCCUUUGGCGUCUGUAUGCUUUCGAGUGGGGCUACCAUGGAUUAGAACCGCAGUCUGUCCUAAACCUUAAAAAGUUGCUUUGUUGCCUAAAUUUAACCAAACUGCAAUUGACAGUUAAUUUUUUCUUAAAGAAACCCAAAGUUUCCCAUCAAAAAAUUGCAUUUUAACUAGUUGAUCAAUAUUUUUCACUUCACCUGCGUGAGUGGUUUUGAUGAUGUUGCUUUACUGGUGUAAUUUUUUACCUUUUUAUGUUAGUACCCAGGAUGAGGGGGACAGGGGAUGAGUUUAGCUGUGCCAUUAAAAACCCAAUUUUCGUGUCAUUUCUGAACUAAUUAGUUUCGGUCUUCUCGUGCUUUUCAGUGUACUUUCUAACACUCAUUGCAUGAAUUCAGUUUGAGGAGUGGAGCAGGUGUCGGAUAGUUUAUCUGCAGCUCACAGUCAGCUGCUUUUAAAGGUUUAAAUGUCAAUAAACGUCAACCACACAUCUUACAGAUCCUUCAAAGUUCUUCCAAACGCUGACACUUUGGUGCAGUUACACAAAAUAAAAAGCAAACAGAGUAGUUGUUGCCUUUUGUGUACAAAUGUACAGUCCUGGUCAGUUUGGUGGUUUGUGUCAUCGCUGACCUUUUUAAAUAAUCGGUAUCUUUUUUGUGUGUGUUGUUUAAAACUAAGUGACUAAAGAGGUGUUUUAUUCUUUGAGAGCAGCACCACCCUGCUAUAAAUAA